GCCGCGUGCGAGCGUGACACGAUGAGAGAGUACGGCUCACAUUUUUUCACGCUUUUUUCUAACUAAAAUUACUAACUCUCGGUGUCACGUUUUUCUCGCUUUCCCCUUUUACGUGCUCUUUUCCAAUCACCGAACUUGUUGAAAGGAAAAAGAGACACAAUGACAUUCGUACCAAUUUAUGACUUUUAUCCGUAGUCUUACGAUAAGAUGUAAAAAAAUCUACUAUUUCUUCAUCCCCUCUUUCUAUCUCUAUCUUCUUAUCGUCUUAAUUGUACUUAUUUUGUUUCUUGAAAAAAAAAAACAAAAAAAAAAAAAAGAAAAAACAAAAAAACAAAGAAAAAACAAAAAAAAAAAAGAAAAGAAAAAACGAGCAAAGUACCGAAAUCGUAAUCGGAGUAAAAAAAGAGACAAAAAAAUGGAAGAGAGAAUCGGUAUCGAUGAAUCUCCAUUGAAAUUACGAGCGUGAAAGUGACUGAACUAUUUUUUGUUUUGACGCUCCUCAUCCCUAUCUAUCUAACUUUCUCUCUUUUUCUCUCACUUAUCUAUGUUCCUUUAAGGCGACGAAGAUCGUAGAAAAUCGAUAAAUGAUGCUCGUUCGGUCGAUCGACCGAUUCUCGAUAAGAAAAUUCGAUUCUCGUAAAUAACGUACGUUCCACGGAGAUUUUUUUUCCCUUCAUAUCGAUUAAACACCUCGAAGAAGGCCUCCUCUGUCUUUCAGGGUGACACGAAGGGAAUCAGUCAUGUCGAUGUCGUUGUCGCUUGCGAGAUCGAGAAAGACGGGCACGUUUUUGCGAUCGUCCAAGUGGAAGGUGCAGUGCCUUGUGGCGUUGGAAUUUCGUUCAAAGGGAUAAGAGGAGGAAAAGAGGAAAGAAGGAAAAGAAGAACUAGCUAAACUCCUUGACGUCCGCAUUCUGACGAAAAAUAAUACAAAUCGGAAAUAGAAUUGCAAAAGAUAUUGUCGUUGUCAAAAAUGAAUAGUGCCAAUUGUGAUGAUAGUGUGGUCACACAAUGACGUGAUUUAUCACGAGAAAGUAUCCUCGGAAAAGAGGGGGGGGGGAAAGGAAAGAGAAAGUUCCUGAUGAUCGAAAAGAAGAAGGGAUAGGUCUAACGAUGAGUGUCAGUAAAUUUCGUUACGCUCUUGUCCUGCUCGCGUUUACGCGCGAAUUUUUAUUAAUAACAAGCGAGAAGGAAUCAACGGAGAUCGAAAUGUCGAAGGAGUAUCUGCAUCGUCAACAGAGUCAUCGGCAACGAUCCUUUGCCAUGAAUCGAUUGUCGGAUAAAAGCUCGCGAGAGGAGUAUUCAACAAGCUCGAAGAAUUAUGUGGUUUUCGUCGAAACACCAGCUAAUGGGAAGACACGAGGUGUAACCUCGGAAUUAUUGUCGGGUAAGGAAAUUGAAAAAGAAUUGGAGACGAAUAUUGAGAAACCGCAAACGACUCAGAUCAGACAUGGCAGAUCUCGUAGUCAUUUCGUUAGGCAAAUCAAACUUGAAGAUCUGGAGUCGUUGCGUGUUAGGACAAAAAGGAUACAUCUUUCUUCAAAUUUUACCGAGGGGGAAAAGGAGGAUGAAGAUUCGAGUUAUUCGAGGAGAUACGAGUCAAAAGAAAGUAGGGAAAGUAAAGGGGAUGAUACGACAAAGAAGGAUCGAUGGUCUUACGGUACCCCAGAGACGUGGACCGAGUCAACGAGACAAUUGAACGAGCUAAUUCGUAAAGUCUUUCGACAGCACGCUGACAUACCUCGUAUCGAGCAUCACGAGAAAGAAGAAGAUAUCUUGGUCAACAAGUUUAAAAAAAUUUCUCGAUCAGGUAAGCAUCGAAUCGAGGAUCCCUUUGAUUCUACGGAGAAUUCGAUCAUCGCUUAUGGCCGUGUUUUGCAUUCUUCAACGAUCGACGAAGACUCCUCGAAGAUCGAUACCAACGAAAAUGAUUUCGACGAUGUAUCUAUCGAUAAUUCCGACAAGUUCGUUGUUCGACAAGUUGUUGAAAACAGUUCAAUAAGUAAAAUCAAUGAUUAUGAGGAUGUAGAAGAAAGUGACACGACAGACGUAAAUAUAGAUAAUCUUCCAACGAAACGACAUCCCGAGAAGGAAUCCGUCCAAGUUGACAUUGUCACGAGAUUUCUUCGUAUAAUCGAGAAUCAACAUUUACUCGGGGAAAACUGUACCGCCGGUACUGAUCUCAAUCUCGGCGAAGGUGUCGUCGACCGUUAUGCUCAAGAAAGAUUCCGGCUGGAGGCAAAUUUUGCCGUAAAUCGGGCCAACAUGCUUACCAGGUUAUGGAAAUAUGCACCUGAGGUGAUGCUUUCCUCGGAAUAUCUUCUUCAUGCAAGCGUUCUUUCAAUGGUCGAAUUUGAUGAAGAUAUCUUUGCCGCUGGUAAUUGCUACGACAAGCUUCAAUAUAAAGAUCACUGGCUCUAUUGUCCCUUUGCUCAUCGCCUUCAGGAUCAGGAGGGUGUUUUAGUAAAGGACUUAGCAAUCGAGUAUAAGUACUUGAGCAACAGUAGCGAGUGGUUUUACAUUGCCAGGAAGAACGCCGAGAGGGUUAUUGCCAGUAACAACCAAUUUAGCCGAGGUUUACAUACAUAUCCUUAUAACGAGAGCACUUAUACCGAACGUGAGGAGGACGAAAUACUUACUGUAAAGUAUGAGGAUGGCAGAUGGUCAAAGCCUUACUACGAUUGUGGUGGUGGCAACAUUUGGAUGUUGACUUAUACCGUUCCUUUCUUUGGAUAUGUUAACGACACAUAUUUCUUCAAAGGUACCAGUGGCAUUGAUAUCGAUUUACGAAGAGUCGACAUAGAUCAGUGCCCUUUACCACCAGAAUCUAAUCAGCUCAAUAUAUUCGCUGCCAGUGACAAAUGUAAAAAGCGUACGACGAAGUGUGUUGCUAUUCCUGGAUUGGGAUUUCGACGUGGAAGUUACCGAUGUGAAUGCAAACGUGGAUUUUAUUACCCGGACACGAAGUCAACCAAACGUUAUUACAAUGGAACCGUGAUCGAGGAAGAGUAUGAAAAAUUGAUGAUGGGUGAAGAAAGUCAAUACGCCGUCGAAGAUUCCUUCGAGUGUCUUCCUUGCGCGGAGGGUUGCGAAUCCUGCGUCGAUGGCUCGCCCUGUGUCGUGUCCUUGAAUUGGCUCAUGAGAACAGCUAUACUUAUCUUGGAAUGUUGCGUCAUCGCUUGUCUCCCUGCCGUCGCGCUCUUCACCUGGAAAUACGGAAACGUCAAGGUGGUCAGAGCUGCCAGUCCCGUUUUGCUGCGCGUUAUAGUACUAGGCGCAUUCUUCAUAUACUGCACGACGAUCGUUAUGUAUCCUCAGCCAAACGUUAUAACGUGUACUGUACGAGUUUGGCUCCGAGAAAUCGGUUUUUCUCUGACGUACGGUGCUUUAAUGUUGAAAACAUGGCGAAUAUCGGUGAUAUUUCGAGUGAAGUCGGCAAAGGCGGUAAAAAUUACGGACGCCAGUUUACUCAAGCGACUUGGUAUCAUAGUCAUGAUAUUCAGUGUAUUUCUAAGUAUUCGUACUUUGGUUGCACCACCGGUAGUCAUAGUCGCACGUACAGCCGAUGAUUUGAAAGCAUAUCUUUGUCGAACCGAUUGGUGGGAUCACAGCUUUACGACGCUCGAGGUGAUGUUCCUUAUUUGGGGUAUCAGACUGUGCAUCGUCGUAAGAAAAACUCCGUCUGAAUUUAAUGAGAGUCGAUUUAUAUCGAUGGCCAUUUACAACGAAUUUUUGCUAUCGGUCUUCCUCAAUGUUUCAAUGCUAUUUCUCCAAUCACCGGCCAAUCCAGAUUUAUUAUACAUCAUAUUUUUCUGUCAUACCCAACUAACAGUCACACUCUUGCUAUGUCUUAUAUUUGGCAGCAAGGCUUACGUGGUAUUUCGCGGUUAUGGCAAAGAGGAUUCAGCCGGUAAACUUUCUGGUCCAGCGAGCAAGUUUUUGAGUAAAAGUAGUCGACCACAAGGUACCAGCAAUCAGACAAAUUCAAUAUCUCUCCAACAAGGUAAUUUCACAGAGGAGAGCGACAGUACUACGGAGGAAUUUCGCCGUCUGAUUGCUCAACUGGAUGUUUUAAAGGAGAAGAACGUUUUAUUGGGCAACCAUUAUCUAGUCAGUAAAAUUGCAGCGAUGCAAGAAGCAGCAAAUCGUAGCGAGGCCCAAGUAUCGACAAUUCAAGCGAUCUCUACGAGCAUUAGACUAAAUGAUCUUAACGGUUCGCGAACUGUCGUGGAAAGUGAAGUUGGUAUAUCCUGUGAAAAGGAUCACAAACUUGUAGGUAUUGGACUACACGAGAAAAAAUGUCAGGCUUGUAUCGAGAAGAAUGGUCUUCGAAACAAGGACCAACAUCGCAAUAGUGAUCCUAGUAGUAGCACCACGAGUAUACGAAAAGGAGAACAUUCAAAUUUGAGAGAAACCGAUAAAGAAGUUCGCGAUGGUAAAAAUGAUGUUGGCGUCUCAACGUCCUCGAAACUAAUCGGCACCAGUGAGGAUAUAGCCACGGAAACGAACCCCGAGCCGAACGGAAAAGAGAAUGAUGCAAAAGAUAAGUCCAAGAGCAAAUCCGGUCACGCCAGGACCCAUGCCAUUGUAAUCAACCUCGACGAUAAGAGCAGAUUCUCAGAAGAGGUCACCGUCUAAAGGUUCAUCAAGAUAACCUUCAGACCCUUCUCCUUCCCUCUUUUCCUUCAUGACGAAUGAACAAAUGAGAUUUACCACCGCCAUCUUUCUUUGUGAUACAUUUAUUUCAUCAGUACUUCGAAACAUUUUUCUUUUUUUAAAGAAUACUCACUGAUGAUAAAAUGAAUGGAAGACGGUUCAAUAUGUUGUCAGAGAAUAUUAUUAAUUAUUUGAAAUUCGACCAAUUGCUCAAUAACCAUUGGUCAUUGAAUGGAAUAUGCAUAUGUUCACUUGUUUCUUUUUCUUUUCUUUUUUUAUUUUUUGUAUUUUUUUUUUUUAUAUUUUUGAGCGUAUAACGUUCUUACGUGCUCUAAGCGAAAGAAUUAAAUAAGAUUUGCCAUAAUUUACAUAUGUAAAUACGUUUCGACACGCGCGUUCAAAGUCUUGCCGUAAUUAUAAACGAACGCAUUGUAUAUAUCAAUAUAUAAAUGUAAUAAUAAUAUGUUUAACGAUCAAAAGUGAAUAAAAGUGAAAGAAAA